CUGAUCAGAGCCUGUCCAUUAAAUGACAUUCGUGGUUUUAACGGAAUAGAAGGUUUAUUGUUAUCAACAGCUUGGUAAAACUCCAAAUAUGUCGAGAAUCUUCACGUUCUGCAUGCUUGCCAUAGUCAUUCAGGUUUCUCAGGCCGCCUCACUGAAGUUUGAAAAGGAAUCUAUUCAGAUUACGACGGAUGCUCAAGGUCCCAGUUUCAUAUGUAAGAAAGGGGUGUGCAAGCUAUGCGCUAAUCCCAGCAAAACAGACACGGUUUGCAUUGUGGCAACUGAUAGGGGCAGGAAAAUACGUAUAAAGCUGACCUUGAAUGACAAGGCGUUGGUAGAAGGAGAUAUCACAGGACCUGGAACUCGGUCCAUUUGUUCUCGUAAGAAUCCUUUACCUAACAUAGAUCAAAUAUGUAUUAUCCCGAAAGAUGUGGACAUCGCAAAACUGCACUCUUGCCUCGAUGUUUCUAUUAAGGUAAACGAAACGACAUACAGGCAAUCGAUUGGCUGUUUCACUAUCCCGAAAAAGAACUUUCUAGAUCGCAUCGUCGGUGAAGAUGAUAUUCCUAUCAAAGCGAUCAGUAGUUUAUAUGGCUUUAAUGAUUCCCCUAAGGUCGUGGACGAUAACAUUGACGGAGGCACCAUUUGUCACAAAGGAAUAUGCAGGAUCUGUGAAUAUAAUCAAACAGUGUGUGUAAUUGCAAAGGCCCUACACAACGCGAUGACGGUGGAGCUAGUUUCGAACAGAUUUGUUAUUGUCAAGGGAAAGAUAACAAACAAUACGGAUGUGUCCUUCUGUAAGAAGUACCUUGACGCCAGGACGUUUUGCAUUGUUGCAAGGAACAUCAAUGUGAAAACUCUGUCAGCCUGCGUCAACCUGACAGUUCAAAUGAAAGACAAAAUAUUCAACGCACUUGAUAUUCAACGCAUUGGCUGUUUCAAAAUACCAAACAAUGUCGACGAAAUGCAAACGUAUGGCGCUCUCGACUCAGACGACAUAAAUGUGGAACCGGAUAAUAUUGACUCAAAGAUCAUCGAUGCGGUAGCGGAUUCGUUCGGCUCUGACGACGAGCAUGUCGAGUUUGAUACUGUCGAGUUAGACGCAUUUAGUCCGUUCGGAGCAGAGGACAAUGUCCCUACAACAAGGCUUCAGAAAUUGAUGCUGACCUUUUUGAAAAGUCUGCAACAGCAAACGGUUCUGUAGGGAAGACGUAUUAUUUUGAACGCCCAGUUUGAUAUUAUAGAAUGAAACCAAGACUCUAGACAGCUGUGUUCAUACUUUGUUGUUUUUGUUCUCCAAAUUAUACCUUUUGAAAUUAUGUAGUCGUAAGCUUGCAAUCACUCUGGUAUUCAAUGAAAGUUUACGUUUAACAUCCGUUUUGAUAUAAUUCGUUCAUACCGAGUUUUUCGCAUAAAUAUCGAGACUGCUGUGUGUAUACUGUUGUCAUAUAUAAGGUUUCCUAUUACACCUUUUUUCAAAAAUGAUGUCGUCUGCUACCAAUCACUCUGAUAGUCAAUGAGUGUUUACAAUGAAUGUCCAGUCUAUUAUUGUUUAAUGCCUCUGAGAUUGGAGACUCCCAUGUAUAUACUUUUGUUAUAUGUUGUUCUUCCUAUAAGGUAUUCUUAAAAAUGCAUUUGACUAAGGGGAAAUAAUUAUGACAGCCUUUGAAUGUGCACAUGAUAAUUUUCGUUGGAGAUGCUUUAUUUGGUAAUCGUACUACAAUGAAUUUUGAGUGUUCAUAUAUAUUGUAUGACCUGUUAUAUCUGUUGGAUUGUUGGAGAUCUUAUAAUGUAAAUAAUAAAAUAAACACAGUCAAACUCU